AUUGACUUUACUCUGUAUAGCGGUGCCCUCGGUACGGCUUUCUUGCUUUUCAAAGCCUAUCAAGUUGAUAAAAACAAGAAUGAUCUUGGCCUUUGCUUAGAGGUUGUAAAAGCUUGUGACUCCUCUUCUUCAGCUUCUCGGGAUGUGACUUUUAUUUGUGGGUGGGCUGGUGUUUGUGCCCUUGGUGCUGUGGCAGCUAAAUGUGCUGGCAAUGAGCAGUUGCUCAAAUACUAUUUUUCUCAAUUCAGAGAGAUUAAGCUGUCUCGGAAUGUCCCUAAUGAGUUAUUGUAUGGAAGAGUUGGGUAUUUGUGGUCUUGUUUGUUCUUGAACAAACGUAUUGGUGAUGGGACUAUUCCUUCUACAACCACUCGGGCCUUUAUAGAUGAGAUUAUUAAGGAUGGAAGAGAGUUGGCUAAAAGAGGAGGAACUCCAUUAAUGUACGAACGGUAUGGAACAAAGUAUUGGGGUGCUGCACAUGGUUUGGCAGGUAUCAUGCAUGUUUUAUUGGACUUCGUAUUGAAGCCAGAUGAGGCUGAGGAUGUCAAGACCACACUUAAAUACAUGAUUAAGAAUCGUUUUCUUAGUGGGAACUACCCUGUGAGUGAAGAAGAUAGAAAGAGGGAUAUUCUUGUGCACUGGUGUCAUGGUGCUCCUGAUGUUGGUCUCACACUUGUGAAGGCAGCAAAGAUUUCUAAUAUAAAAGAAUUUCUGGAAGCAACUGAGGAUGCAACGGAGGUGGUGUGGAACCGUGGCCUACUUAAGAGAGUUGGGACAUGCCAUGGAAUCAGUGGGAACGCAUAUAUGUUCCUCUCACUCUAUCACCUGACAGGCAACUUAGAGUUCUUAUAUAGGGCUAAAGCAUUUGCUGCCACUGUGGGAUGA